UACUCGCCGCGCUACAUCACAUCUUGCUUGCCUCACUCCCUUUUGCAAGAAACCGAUGGACUGGGACAGGCCCGAAUUCAAUAACUCUCAAAUACCAAUGUCAACAAGAUAACAUGGAAAACCUCACCAUCUCCGAUGCCCCUCCCCAGGGGGGCCAACCCGUUCUCGGCGGACGCGCGCCGCCGCCUCAGCAGACCCCUCAGCUGCCGCCCCAGAUGUUCACCACUGCGGCGCAGCUACUGGACAUGACCGACAAGAAGCUCAUGGUUGCGCUCCGUGACGGGCGCAAACUGAUAGGUGUCCUCCGCAGCUGGGACCAGUUUGCAAACCUCGUCCUCCAAGACACCGUCGAGCGCAUCUACGCCCACCCGGACCCGGAAGCCAAUCCCCCGCGUGAGGGCGGGCUCUUUGCCGACAUCAAGCGUGGCAUCUUCCUCGUCCGCGGCGAAAACGUUCUCCUUCUGGGCGAGAUCGACCUCGACAAGGACGACGACCCGCCGCCAGGCUACGAGCCGGCCGAUCUCAAGCUUGUGCAGGGCCUGGCGGCCGAGAGAAAGGGGAAAGACAAGGCGCGCGACAAGGGGCGGAUCAAGAAGCUGAGCACGCUAGGCUUCGAGGGCGAGAACAUGGGCGAGAUCCUUCUCUGAAUUCCGCUCUCUCUGCCCUUCGUGUUCUACAGCACGCA